AGUUUGUGGAUAUGGUUGACAGGCGCAGGCGUGGUAGGGCCGCAGGUGGAUCCCCAAGAGGCAGUGGACCAGUUGUUUGGUGCUGGAAGAGCACGUGUGGUGGAUGCUGUUACAUCCACCAGAGUGACAGAACGAGAAGUCAUCCUUGUGAAUGGUGUACCUGUGCAGCUUGUCGGAGAAGAUGGCGAUGCUCUUAAGGCGGCACUUCUGGCAGGCCGUCUUCCUGAUCAGGCUUUGGUUAACCGUGUGUUAGCCUCUGUUUUGGGGGCCGAGCUCCGAGGGGUAACCAAAGUAGAAAGUAACCUCACCAUGACAUCGAGAGUCACUACCAAAGACACUCUAACUGUUCAUCAAAAUGGUCGAGUUGUAGACGAACGCUCCUCUGAGAGCCACUUGGACACGCGAUUGCAGGGCCAGUGUGCUGAUACGCUUCACCCCAUUGGAGCAUCAUCAAUGUUCUACUCUCCAGCAAGCACAAAUUUCGCAUAUUCAUCCACGCCGUCUUCCCUCAGCUCCUCACCUUCGCCUCGUGCGCCUUCAAGAAAUAGCAAUAAAUCACCUUCGCCACUUAGUGGCAUUGCAACACCUAUCAGUAGCUCGCCAUUAGCUGCUAGGGCUAACCGGAGCUCCUCCAGUAGAGGAAAAAAUAAGCGCUCUUCAAGUGUAGGUUCUGACCUUGUGGAAGCACUGUCGAGGACAGAUCUUUCUGGUCAGUCCAGUCCAAAGAAUGGAGAGUACGUCAAACUUCAUCAAGUUCAUAAGCCCUCGAUCUUUGGAACUGCGGUAGAUGACCAAACAUCCAGAGACAAUACAAGAAGGGGGUUGCCACAGACGCCAAAGAGUGGGGCGAAGUCUUGCCAGUACAACGGUUUGGACCAUGCGUCGCAUUCUGCGGAGUGGGCGAGCACGCCAGAUGAUGACAAUUCACUGGUGUAUGAAGAUGGCGUUCUGGUGUCUGGGUCGCUGCAGGCGCUGAUACAGCAUGCAGUCCCCACUGCCGUGUACUAUCCAGAUACUGCCUACCUCUUUGCAUUCCUGUUAUCAUCGCGACUCUUCAUCAAGCCUCAUGAACUCCUGCAACGAGUGUGUGAUGUUGGAUUUACUCAGCAAGGAUUGAAAGGGAAUGACCUUUCCACCAUAAAUAAGGAUAAACUUGGAAGAUUUGUGCCCCAUAUGGUACAACUUCUCGGGGAAUGGAGUGAAACCUUCCCCUACGACUUCCGUGACGAACGGAUGAUGAGCGGGGUGCGCACGAUGACCCACCGCUGCAUUGCCCUGGAGCCUGCUCUUCGCCGUGAUGUCACUCAGGUCCUUCAUAAUCUAUUAAAUAAACUGACUCAGCUAGAAAGGUACGAGGAAGGUCUGGCAAAGCUGCCUGUACCACCACCUUCUGACUUCAUUACACAGCCAACUGACAUCACAGAAGUCUGUCCAAGCCCACUUGUGAUGGCACAGCAGUUGACUCAUAUUGAAUUGGAGAAGCUAUCCUUUAUUGGUCCUGAAGAAUUUGUACAAGCAUUUGCGAAAGACAAUCUUGACGCUUGUUACAAAGAUCUGAAGAAAACAAGUAAUCUUGAAUCUUAUAUUCAAUGGUUUAACAGACUCUCCUAUCUUGUUGCUACACAUGCAUGUACGCACGUGAAGAAAAAACAACGCGUAAAGGUCAUCGAGUGGUGGAUUGAGGUGGCACGAGAGUGCUUCAACAUCGGCAACUUCAACUCUCUCAUGGGGAUUAUUGCUGGCCUAAAUAUGUCAAUCGUAUCAAGACUAAAAAAAACCUGGAGUAAGGUGCAGAGUGCCAAGUUUGCUGUCUUGGAGCAUCAGAUGGAUCCUUCGAGUAAUUUCAGCAGCUACCGCUCUACCUUGAAGGCAGCGAUGUGGAGGUCUGCAGGCGCGGUUGAUGACAGGCAAAAAAUUGUCAUUCCAUUCUUCAGUCUCCUGGUUAAAGAUCUUUAUUUUCUGAAUGAGGGAUGCGCUAGCAGAUUACCAAAUGGACACAUCAACUUCGAUAAAUUUUGGCAACUAGCAAAGCAAGUUACAGAAUUUAUGGCAUGGAAACAGGUUACAUGUCCAUUUGAAAAAAUAAAGGAAGUAAUAACAUACCUCCAAACGACACAUGUAUUAACAGAAACUG